UGUCGGAUAUUGUGGGAAAAGUUGUUCUUCUCCCUUUUCAUGAUCACCAUGUCGCAAUCAAAAUGCUGCAUUCAUAGGUCUUAAUCCAUAAUGUCCUUUGUUCCUGUCCUAUCCUUUACUAGCCUUGUGGGUUUUGUCAAAGUGGAUGAUUACUUACUACAGAUUCUUUAUAAUGGCUCAUUUUGCCAUCGUUACAUUUGUGGACGAGGCUGAUGCACCAGGAAUAAUUGCAUCAAACUGGGUAAUAAAUGAAAAUUUAUGUUCGUACCCUAAUGUACGUACAGAAGAAUUAAAAGACAAAUUGUUAAAAAGGAAAGCUGAACCCGAGGAUAAAUGGCCGCAGUAUAAAAUAAAAAUUCUAAAAUACUACGAAAAUUAUAGUGAAGCCCGUCUCCAUUUGAAAAAAGCAGAAGAAACUUCCAAUUUGGAUUCUGAUGAGGAAGUAAGAAAAAGAAAAAGAAGACUAAAAAAAAUAUCCCUGCCAGAAGACUCUAACUCAGAAGAUGAAUACCCCAUUAUGAAGAUGUCAAAAACCCAGCAAAUAUUAAAAAAAAAAGAAAAUGAUUUAGUUAAAUAUCCAACUCCUCCUAAACCUAAAAUAAGUGCCAUGUUAGUAGCAGACACAAAUAAAAAUGCCAGUAAUUCCUCUAAAGAGAUGAAUUGUCAACACAACCCAGCUGUAGAAGGCCAUCUGUGUUCUAGUGGAGUUGAAGACCACGCAUAUGACAUUGUGCCUGAAGAAUUUAACAACUGUGCAGAAGUUAACAACCAUGGGGCAAUAGAUGGAAACUCUAUCAUUGUAUGUAGUCCCACUCAUACUCUAGCCUGCACAAAUAAUUUCUCGAACGGUAUCUCUGGCUGCUCCGUAAGCAAACAAUUUGGCAUGCAGCAGGCUCAUUUAAUCCAGGUCGUGACUGACUUGGCCAAACAAAUGUCUGAAUUGAAUAGAAAAGUUGACAUACUUUUAGGGACACAUACAGCAGAUAGCUUUAAUGCAUAUACACAAGAUAAUUUAGAAAUUUCUGAAUUAUUAGCUACUCUUCCAGUAAAGGAUGAUGCGAGUUUUUGUCAUUUCAAUGACCAGUUACAAAUAGUCCGGAACAAACAGGCAAUUGUAUCAUUUUUGGCUGGUAUUGGCGGUAGAAACAUUCGAAGUCUAACCACUAAUAUGUUGAAAAGAAUACUACAAGACGAAGUUGCCGAGCUAUAUUCCUUAACUGGAAAACAAAUGAAGAACUCCAAUAAAAAACCAUUUUUAAAGACAGAAACCUGUAAAAUAAUCUUACAAAUCUGCAAGAAAGUUUACGAAGAUGCGACAGAAGAAAACCUGAAAGAAAUAAUUAGCGAUUGGCUGAAUCAGGCUAAAGUUAGGACAACAAGAAGGGCAGAAAGACUAAACAGACAAGCAUAACCCUUAUAAAGGCAGAGGCGAUAUUUUAAACAUAGCUAAUAUGAGAAAAUGGAAGAAUCCUUCAGCAUUUUCAAUUGAGAAAACCAUUAUUAUAUAGUUGAUAUAUAUUGCUUUCGUACCUUUUUUUUUUUUUUUUUAAUAGCCUAUCUUGUGUCCCACUGCUGGGCAAAGGCCUCCCCUUUUUUCCGCCACUCAUCACGGUUUGAAGUAUGUUCCCGCCAGUCUCUGCAAAAAGCGUCGAGGUCAUCCCGCCAUCUCUUACUUUUUUCAUCAGUAUUUAAUUUUGGUGUUAAGAAAUCCACGGCAAUAAGUGGUCAAUUUAUGCACUACGCCUGUUAAGGAAGGUGAGUUAUCAUAUCACUGUUUUAAUAGAGAAUAUAUGUCAAAUCAAGUGUACUAAUAGGUAGAGUGCAUAUAUUUACCACGUGUUUUUUUUAAUUAUUUAGGUUUUUUUACUGUAGAUUUAUUCCCCAGUGUAUAACUGGGGUCUUAUUAAGGGAUAAAUAACGAGUCUGUGCAUUAAGUAGCAAUACUGUAUGUUGGUACUCUUUAUAUAUUAUUAUUGCAUACUGACACUAGUCAGUUUAACCAAUAGUGCUUUAAUAGUUAUUUACGAUACAAGUGCAAAAAAUAGGAAAUUCGCAACGAGUGGUGAUAAAUUAAAAUACGACCGAAGGGAGUGUUUGAAAUCGACACUAAAUGCGAAUUACUGAUUCGCACGUGUAUCGUACAACGACCCAUAUGUACUGUAUAUGGGUCUUUAAAGUUUCGACAUAUGCACAGAAAGUGCUCAUUCCCGCACGCGUGCGGGAAAGUAGCACCAUAUGUACUGUAAAAUAAUAUGUUGUGUUCCAUACCUAAUAAAUACUGUAAUAAAAUCUUACAUAAUUACCCAUGAAUAAUUUGUUUUAUUUAGUUAGUUUAAGGCUUCGUCACACUCCGGCGCGAUGCCGGCGGGGCGUCGGCGCGGGCGCGACACCGACAGUCCGACACACCGUUGUGCCUCGUGUAACGACAUGAGGCUAACAUUCGGACCUCAGCGACGCGCCUCGCUCACGCCUCGCCAGCAUCGCACUCGAUUGUGACGAAAAAUCCUUUAGUUAAACAAACACUAUGCAAAGCUGAGAUGUUACUAUUGCAUAUAGUUUAUGAAAACAAACAUCAUUCAAAUUUGACAUGUUAGCCUUGCAUAUAAAUUGUAGAAACAAAAAAGACGUAAAUCUGACAUGUCAGUAUUGCGUAUAAUUUGUUAGAACAAACAUCAUGCGAGGUUGAUAAUAUCAGUAUUGCAUAUAGUUUGUUAAAACAAAAAAUAUGUAAGGUUUACAAUGUCAAUAUUGCAUAUAAAUUGUCGAAACAAACACGAUGCAAAUCGAACAUGUCAUUAUUGCACAUAGUUUGCAAAACAAACUUCUUGCAAGUUUGUUGUUGGGAAACUAGGAGGUUUGAUCCAGGCUUGCGUCAAGUGUACAUACUUGUCAUCGCAAACUUGUCACAACCCUUCACUUGUGAUACGUCAAACUUGUUGCAAGGCGGGUCCAAGUCUAAAAUGCUAUCUGGGGGAGGCACAUCCCUGGUGUUCAAAAUCCUGCAGACUUAGCAUCACGAGAUGUAAGUCCAUCACAAGUAGCUGAUGCUAACAUAUGGUGGCAUGGCCCCUCCUUCCUAUUAGAAGGGCCAUCAGCCUGGCCAGAAGUCAUUAUACCUAGUGCCAACAUACCUGAAAUGAAAAAUUACAAAACUAAUUCUAAACCUCAAAUUACUAUACCUAUAACAUGCACUACAACUAUACCUACAAUUUGUGAAAGGUUGGUCAAUUUCGAACAUCUCUCUAAAUUUACAAUAUUAUUACGAAGCUUGGCUUAUGCAUUGCGUUUUAUCCACAACGUGCGACACUCAAAUAAUAAAACUACUGCCCACCUAACCACAGACGAACUACAAUUAUCAUUGCAUCAUCUUGUUAAACAACACCAAGAGGAAUGUUUUGAGCAUGAACUCUAUCUACUAAAUAAUAAAAAAUACUUACCUUCAAAAUCGCGAAUCCUUUCUCUCAGACCCUUCGUAGAUGAGAAGAGUAUCCUCCGAGUAGGCGGACGUAUUCAGAAUUCAUCUGAAAUAUUAGUAAAAAGCAUCCGAUUAUAUUUGACUCUAAAAAUCAUUUUACCAAAUUACUUUUCAUACAAGAACACAAAAAAUUGUGCCAUGGAGGUGCUCAGCUUUUACUGACUAAAGUCAGACAAUUGUACUGGCCUGUUGCUGGAAGAAGAUUAGCGAAAUCCACAGUAAACAAUUGUAAAAUUUGUAAAAUACUUAAAGCUAAACCUAUUAUACCAAUAAUGGGAAACUUACCCUCCGCUCGAGUCAAUCCUAGCUUCGCUUUCGAGGUUACCGGUAUAGAUUUCGCUGGUCCAUUUCCGACUCGUGAUCGAAAGGGACGUGGUUGCAAAAUAAUUAAAAGUUAUUUAUGUAUAUUCGUCUGUUUUGCAACCAAAGCGAUUCAUUUGGAAAUUGCAUCAGACUUGAGUGCAGAGGCAUUUAUCAUGUGUUUAAAUCGUUUUAUCUCUCGCAGAGGAAAGCCCAGUGUAAUCUAUUGUGAUAAUGGCCGAAACUUUGUGGGCGCAAAUAAUGAAUUUAAAAGAUUCUUAGACUCUUGCGGUGAAUCCAUCUCGUCAUAUGCUGCCGGUGAAUUCAUAAAUUUCAAGUUCUCACCUGCUUAUUUACCGCUUUUUUACGGACUUAGCGAAGCCGGUGUAAAGGCUGCCAAACAUCAUUUAACGCGUAUGAUAGGGAACACUAACUUCACUUUUGAACAAUUAUCGUCUUUAUUUGCACAAGUCGAGGCAAUCCUAAAUUCUAGGCCUAUUACUCCCCUAUCAGCCGAUCCUACAGACCUUUAUCCUUUGUGUCCCGGGCACUUCCUGAUCGGUAAACCGCUCACUUCAUUGCCAUCGCCCACACUUACCGAAAUCAACCCAAAUCGUCUAAGAAAAUACGAGCAAAUUGAGCAGAUCCGACAACAGUUUUGGGAGAGAUGGCGCACUGAAUAUUUGAACGAGCUGCAGCAACGAUCAAAGUGGCGCAUUAACCAGGGAAAACUCGCUGAAGGCGAUAUGGUGGUACUCAAGGAGGCCAAUCUACCACCACUCAAAUGGCGUAUGGGCCGCAUUCAUCGACUGUAUCCAGGAGCCGAUGGUAUAGCUCGCAUCGCAGAUGUGAAUACGUCUAAGGGUCUCAUCCGCCGUGCUGUCACAAAUCUCUGCCCGCUACCUAAUGAUGAGCGUGAAGAAGCUACUCGAAAACCCACAGUUUCCGAGGGGGGGAAGAUGUCUACACUCACCCUUACCUAGCUGCUGGACGAGAGAGGGGACGGACGCGCGGGAGGAGUACAUAUGACUUUUUGCAUAUCAUUACGAAUCCAUCUACGACACGAUCAAGCGCUGCCUUGUACUUAACAUUUAAACAUAUCAAAUUCUGUUAUAUAUACAAUUUUGUGGAAGCUGAUUAUACUUAUAUCUACUGUGAA